UUCAAUGAUUGCAGUUAAUCAAUAAAGAGAGGUCAAGGUCAGACGUUUAGACUUAUUACGAGCGGAUACACAGGAAUCUACCAUAACAUACGUUUGGUGGUCUGCUUUUAUUUGUAUUGAAGUAAAGUACGCUUUUAAAAACUAUAACUACAGCACUCUGAUAUAUACUUUGUCAUACAAUCGGAUUAUGAAUUAUUCAGGUAUUAAGCAGCAGACGUUACAAAGAAACAGUACGUGUGUACCACUUAGUAUGUAGAUUGUUAGAGGUCACAGACAGUGCUCAUCGUCAAAAUAUUGUAAUUUAGAUCGUCAGUUGGUGUAACUGUGGAUUUAGUCAAAAUGGUAGUUCAGAUAUGACAUGGUGAUCACGUCACUGUCUUGUCUGAGGAAGGAAACCCCGCUGGAUUGGACGUGGAUAUAUUAAUAGACAUUCAGUUGCAGGAUUAUUCUCAGGAAGUUCGCAACAAUGGCGUCACAAGGAACCCCUCGUAUUCCAGGGAAAGACUUCCGGGUAGACGGCCAGGCAAUGAAGAAGACACAAGGAUCUGGUGGUGACGGCACCGUGACCCCUAAAUCAGAAAAACUAGCUACACAUUUCCAAGGAAAGGUGGAUGAUGAUGCUGAUCAGGAGGAGUCGGUCCCAGUUUUAACCCAGCUACUCGGCCUCAAUCAAACUCUACAACUUCAAAUUGAGACACUGCGGAUGCGCCUUACUAUCGACAACAAGAGUCACGAGAAAGACAAAUAUUCUGCUGUUGAAAAGACAGAGAAGAAAAUGAAAGAAAAACAAGGGGAAAUUGACGAUUUAAAGUUGGCAUUAGCUACCCAGGAAAGUAAGAUUGGGAAUCUCGAAAGUGAAAACAAACACAAAGUUUCGGCGAUUGAGGGACUACAACAACAUAUCAUGGAAAUAAAGAGCGACAUCAGUGCAAGCAGAUCUUACGCAAACGACCUUCAAAAAGAACUGAGGAGACUUCAAGCAGAAAACAAACGUCUGGAGAAAGGCACAGCCUACGAGGAUAAGGAAGGGCACAUUGCUGAACUGCAGAAAGAGGUAGAUGCACUCAAAACAAACUUGGAUACAAUGGAAAAGGAACUCGAGAAGGCGCGGACGAUCAUCACCACACAAGGCAGUAAAUUAAGGCUGUUCGAAAACGAUAAGAGCAACAUGCAAGUGAAGUUCAAGGAGGAGUUAUCGCGAAUGUCGCACACGAUGAGACACGAGGUGGAGAAAAUGAGAGAAGUGAUGAGAAAACAAUGGGAGGAGAUGAGGCUUCUGAGGGAACAGAACGAGGUUAUGGGCCGCGACAUCAAAGAUAUCAAGAACAUACUGGUGAUGACUCAUCAGACCUCCAACAGGUCGAAGAGCCCGCCAGGGUAUGGGCAAGUGUUUAAACCAACGCUCCCCUCUCUUACCAAGGACACUAAAAGGAUACUCACCGGCAAGAGGAAGUGAGUUAGAAUAUCUCAAACAAGAUGUGCCAAAGAAAAUUACCAAAACACCACGCAAAACAUGUUAUACAGUUCAAUUGAAACUACGCACGAAAGUUAAACGUCAAUUUAUUUCAUGGUGGACUUGUUAUCUCAAUAAGAUGUUUUAUUUUGUUUCUCAUAAACAUUGAUGUGAUUUGAAAUACCUCAAAUCGUAAUCACGUGUGUAAGGAAAGAGGAUUAGGUGUUUUGCUCGACAUGUUUGUUGUUGUGUUUAGUGCAUUUUUAUGAUAAUCAAUAGUGUAAAUUAAAUGUAAUACUGACUUAGGGCCUAAUUGGACUAUCAACUUUUCGAUAACCAAUUCCAGUUACGAAAACUAUAAUUGUACUGGUAAACUAGUGCUUAGCGUAAAUAUCGUCUUGUUUUGUAGAGGUACAUUUUAGAUUAACAUCAUUAUCACAAAUCACAACUUCCUUUGAAGGAAAAGGGACAUAUGCAUGGACACUUGGGAUGUGGAAGCUAUCUUAUACAUGUACAUUAAAGCACUAAGAAGUGUUUUAGGACCAUAAACAGCAUAGGUAUGAAAAGAAAAUGAUGUCACCAAUAACGACUAUCACUCCCAGUUCGUAAUGUAUCUAUUUGCUAUUCCACAGUGUGAUAUAAUCUCCCGCAGCGUGACGUCAAACCGGGGCUGUUUACUUUCGUGCUUGAGGAGAAACAACAUACCCUACUCAUGAUGGUCGAGUAGGAUUUAUAACCAUUCUCGUGACUUGCUAAAAAUGUACUUGAGAGUUAACUCACGAAAAUCGAUAUAAAUUAAUAUCAAUAUUAACUCGUAGGAGAUCCUCUAUUAUACUAUAAAACCGUUAUAUAUUAUUCUGGUUUUUGUCCGAUAUUACGCCAUGUUAACCUUGACUUUGUUCAUAUUUUGCUAUAAUUUCAUCGAUUUCGAGGACAAAAACGAUGCUGUUCACACUUCAGUAUUACCUUUUCGUUAAUGGUAUUUAAAAGUACCAAUCAAGAACGAAAAAUAUGAAAUAAAAAAAACUGUCACCCAAACGACGCUGAAACAUAACUAGUGUUUUCCUGGGACACGACUAUUCUAGUUACUACAGAUCAAAUAGGUAAAUGAUCUAAAUAUUGCAGCAAUCAAUUUGCACCAGGCCUUUUGAUUAUAAAGUCAUCUUCAAACCAAAGCUUUGUAUUACGAUGCCACAAUAGUCAAGUUAAGAAUAUACAAUGUAGCUAUUUGGAAUGUGGUGUGCUCAAUUAAUAGAAGUGUUUUUUCAUCAGACUAGAACAAAACUACAACUUACUUUGCAUUGUUACAUUCGAUGUAUCGCCGGGAAAAAUUGUUAUAAAAAAUGCAGAACUGAUCAAAACGUGUAAUUGGUCCGAAUCAACUAAUCACAUUGCAUUUCAAUUAAGUCACUGAAUUAUCAAAACAUAGAUGUUGUAGAACUGUAGCACAUUGUUUUCAUCAUAUGAAACUCACAUUGGUUGAUAACGUUAUAUUUUACUCCGUCCCCCUCCCCUAUCUCCCCAAACAAUGUGAUUACCUUAAAGGAAUGAGAUUUUUUAAGCGUCUAAUACAUGUGUGUAAUUUUAAGUAAUCUUAUAAUCUUAUAUCACUUUAUUUCACAUAAUCCGUGAAAGAUGUAUUUCUACUUUAUAUGAUGUAUCAUUUUAUGCCAUAUCAUGCAAUGAUAUUGGUGUAAUUUUCUGUGAUACAGUUGAGGUAUGCUUGUUUGGAGGAAUGGCGUGCGUCUUUAGAUUGUUGGUUUUGUGUGUCUGUAAUAUUUCCCAUAUAUACGUUAGCUUCAAGCAGAUUUAAACAAUAUUUGGGUCGAUGUGUUCCCGUACUACGAUGACCGGUUACCAAGUUAUCAAAUACAA